AUGAUCCAAGCUUCUAGUUCCCAGAUUCUCCCAUGUCAAACUGAAUCAUUGUAUAGGAAACAGAAAGCCAGGUCAAUAGCUGUAGAUUCUGAGAGGAAGAGGAGGUCAAAAGCUAUCCCUGUUAAAAUCUCAGAUCAAGCUGAAGCUGAGAAUUCGGAUAAUGAUGGUGACGAGAGUCAAGAAGCUUCUAGAAAAACAACUUCUAGUAAAAGGAAAGCAUCCUCCACAACUGCUAGUGAAAAGGUUCUCGAAGAAGUUUUUAAAGAAGUGAAAGAGGCUUCUAAAGAUUCGUUGGAUGAAGAUUCUGAGUAUGGUAUUCGACAAAGUACUUCAUUCAAAUCUGAUCCCUGCGUGAAAUCAAGAAGAAAGGAGGCUGCAGGGACUAAGGAAAUAACCCUAGAAGUUACUUCCAAUCUUGACCACCUUCACGAAAUCAAAAUAGAUUCUGAACUUGCUACUCAUGUCACUCCUUCAAUAGCUGAAGUUGGAGAAAAAGAGAAGCAGGAUGAUGAUCAAAGCGAUAGUGGAUCUUCUCCACCAAAGAAUGAUGCUAAUCUUGAUGACCAACAUUCAAAAAAUGAAGUAAAUAUGAACAAAAUUACCAACUCAGCGGAUCAGGAAAAUGAAGGAUAUCAACCAUCAGAAUCCCAAGCUCCUUUUGUCAAAAGUUCAGAGAUGGAACUGGUUGCACAGGAAGAAGUAUUGUUGGCUCAACUUCGUCCUAUUGAAAACAGAUUGAAGGGCAUUCGCCAGCAAAUUACAGACAUUCGAUCGUCUAAAGAGUCAAAUGAGAAACAAAAAGAAAUGUUCUUUUCUGCCGCUACUUACAAUGCAGAAAUUUUAAAAGAACAACUGGAAAAGAAGAAUUAGAACAAACUCAAGUGGAAUCAACAAAUGCAUUAUCUACUUUGAUCGAGGUUCAUAAUGAACUCAAAUGUCGUCAGCAAGCCAAGUCAUCUUCAAAUUAGCUUCAGUCUUUGCGUAGUUAUUUUUCUCUAAAUGAAUUUAGAUGUCU